GCUGUCAGCAGCGCGGCGGGGCCGGGCCGGGGCCUCCGCCCUCCGCCGCUCCUUCCCGGUCCGCGCUUCCCGCGCGCUGCGGCGCCCCGUUCCGCGUCCCUCGGGCCGUGCGGCAGCCACGCGGCUGAGCCGCUGUGCGACGCCCCGCCGUCACUUUUCCCCUCGCUGUAUUUCGCUGCUGUUCCUGCAGCGGUUCUCAGCCGCUGACCGCCGUUGGCUUUUUAACCCCCCGCGUGCUGUCGGUGUUUCCCACUUUGCGAACCCUCCAACACUUUUCUUUUCAACUCGUAAACAAAGCGUAAUUCUAUUCCACGCUCAUUCGGUUCCUUUGGUUUCUGACUCUCCCUGUAGAGACAAUUAAAUGUCUUCAGAGGACAGAGAAGCCCAGGAGGACGAGCUGCUGGCGCUGGCCAGCAUCUAUGAUGAAGAUGAGUUUAAGAGAGCCGAGUCAGCCCAAGGAGGAGAGACAAGAAUUUGUUUGGAACUGCCCCAAAACUUCAGAGUUUUUGUGAGCGGCAAUUCCACAGAGGGUCCCCAGAGCAGUGGGUUUGAAUGCACCGUUUGCUUUCUGCCUCCACUUGUGCUGAAUUUUGAGCUCCCGCCGGACUACCCGUCAACCUCCCCGCCUGCGUUUACCCUCAGCAGCAAAUGGCUCUCCCCAGCACAGCUCAGCGCUCUUUGCAAGCAUUUGGACAACCUAUGGGAAGAGAACCGAGGCUGCGUGGUCUUAUUUGCCUGGAUGCAGUUUCUGAAGGAAGAAACAUUGAGUUACCUGAACAUUUCCUCCCCAUACGAGCUAAAAAUGUGCCAACAAGGGAAUACACAGGGCGGGACGCCCUCGGUCCAUCAGGAUGCUGAGGAUUGUGGUGCUGCCGUGGGCUGUGCUGCAGCUGAAGAAGAAAUUGAUGAAAGAGCUGUGCAGGACGUGGAAUCUUUGUCCAGCCUGAUUCGGGAGAUCCUGGACUUCGAUCAGGCUCAGAGAAGGAAGUGCUUUAACAGUAAGAUGUACUUGUGCAAUAUUUGCUUCUGUGAGAAGCUGGGCACGGAAUGUAUGUACUUCACCGAGUGCAGCCACGUGUACUGCAAAGCUUGCCUGAAGGACUACUUUGAAAUUCAGAUCAGGGAUGGUCAGGUCCACUGCCUCAACUGCCCAGAACCGAAGUGUUCUUCUGUUGCUACUCCUGGUCAGGUGAAGGAGUUGGUUGGAGAGCAGCUGUUCGCACGCUACGACCGCCUGCUUCUGCAGUCCACCUUGGACCUGAUGGCAGACGUCGUGUACUGCCCUCGGCCGGGCUGCCAGACGCCCGUCAUGCAGGAGCCGGGCUGCACCAUGGGCAUCUGCUCCUGCUGCAACUACGCUUUUUGUACUCUGUGCAAGAUGACUUACCACGGGGUCUCACCGUGUAAAAUAACUGCAGAGAAAUUGAUGGAUUUGCGUAAUGAAUAUUUAGAAGCUGAUGAGGCAACCAAAAGGUUUUUGGAGCAGCGCUAUGGCAAACGGGUGAUCCAGAAAGCCCUGGAGGAGAUGGAGAGCAAAGAAUGGCUGGAAAAGAACUCCAAGGCCUGCCCUUGCUGUAGUACUCCUAUAGAGAAACUAGAUGGUUGUAACAAAAUGACGUGUACUGGCUGCAUGCAGUACUUCUGCUGGCUUUGUAUGGCUUCCCUGUCAAGGGUGAACCCAUACAAGCACUUCAAUGAUCCAUCUUCCCCGUGCUUUGAUCGAUUGUUUCAAGCUAUGCAGAUUGACGGUGAGUUCUGGGAAGAUGAAAACUAGUGUCCUUCUCUAGCAACAAGUGCUGAAGAAAUCGGAGACAGAUGCUUUCCUUUUUUUGUCAAAGCUGUUUGAUUUUCAGUGCUCUGAUGCAAUAGAAGAACGAUACUACCUUGCACUGCAGGAUUCUUGCACAACCCUUCUGUUGCCAGAACCAAAGGAGACCAUUUUAUCCACCCUGUGGUCAAGAUUCCUGUUGAAAGUCCUAAUAAUAAUAUCCAGUGAUAAAGAGAAAUGCAACCACUGAGAAGUUAGAAAAUAAUGGAAAGUCUAUACCAAAAGGUGCCCCUCUUACAGCUCCCAGAUUGCAGGAAUGGUUUUGGAGUGUGAUUCUAAGGAGAUUCACCUUUCAGGGAUGUCAGCCAGUUCCCACAGUGGUUUUUGGGGCAGUUUUAUUGCAGGUGCAGUGCUUGUUCUGGAGCUGUUCAGUUACACUGCUUGGAAAGUGUUCAGAAGCAGCACAGGUCUGUAUUGAGGGGCUGAGCCCAUUGCCUCUAUUGCAUUUCCUGGCCUGUUUCUUUGGAAGCAGCUCAUUGCUCUGUUGCUGACAGUGGCGGUGAAGGUGACCAUCCCUGACACCUCCUUCUGUUGGCUGUAGUGCCCGUGUUCUGUACUGAACACACUGGCAGAAAACGACUGACAACUAUUUCUUGAAUUGGUAUCACCGUGCUGACUGACGCGGUGCUGUUCUGUGCCUUGCUGCCAGUCCUUGCUUUGAUGAGUGCUGAAGCAGUGAUCUGAGUGUGUACAGUGAGAGGAUGAAAGUAAUACCACAUACUGAAACACGUUUCUAUGGAUACACAGAUUAUUGGAUUAAUGGUAAUUUUCAAUAUCUUAAAGAAUUCAGAUUUCUCUCUUACCAGACGUUAACUUGUUUACAAAAUCUUCUUGUAAGGAAUUGAUCAGUUGAUGCUUUUGCUUCUGGGCUAUAAGAUGCCUUAUUUCUGCUGUUCUUGCCCUUUAAAUAUUUCCAAAAGUGUUGUUUCCCCUGGAAGUUCAGUAAGCUGCUUUGGGAACAUGGAAGUAAUUGCUGGAGAGAAACACUGUUUUUUUUCCCCCACUUACAGAAUGAUCUAAAAAUUUAUUUUGGAACUCAGACUCUGUUUGAAAUAAGCAGCAGGGUCUGCACGGAUAGCUCAGGAGCUUGAAAACUGUUCAGAAAGUCGGUUUUGAUGGGCAGUAAAUAAAUUUUAGUUAAACACUUGGCCAAAAUGAGUGUUGACUUAGUUCCUUUGGCAGAGCAGAGAAGUCUCUGUUAGAAUUAUCAGCGAUUAAAAUAGUAAGGGUGGAUCUCCUGCCUUGGUUUAGGCUAUGGGAUGGUGUGUGUAGAGAAAGUUUACAUUGUGUAUGGUUUACUUGUAUUUCCUGCACCUUUCACAUGCACUAAAUUCACUUUAAGACAGCAAA